UUUGGUUGCUGUGACACCAGCGUUGUCGUCUAAACAACCAGUUGUAUGCCUGCUUGUAUAAUAUGUCUAGUUUUGAGUGUACAGUUGAUAUACAUAGACUAAGGUUUGUGGAGAACAUUUUGCACAAAAUCAUGCGAGAACAAGCUUACUUGCUGCUAGGAAUAUCAGAGUGCGCAAGCAAUAUUUCGUGUACGGUCUGUUGGUCAGUUGUUCUGUAUUAAAAGUAAGGAAACCCGUAAGAAUCAAUGAAGCAUAAGUUGAUUGGAUAAAUAUGUAAUGUUUAAAAUAAUAAAGAUCGUGUCAAUAUCAUGCAAUAAAAUGUUUUCUGUGACAUUUGGAAUAUUUCACGAGUGUCUGACUGAAUGCAUCAAUUGUUACUUUAGAAUAAUAGAUGUCUGUGGACAUUAUGCCACUAUAUUCUAUUCAACAGAGGGGGUAUGUUUUGUUUGAAGAGAAAAUGUGAAAAAUUAGAUCAGUAAAACUAACCCAGAAUUACUAUUUUUGAUGUCUUACAUGUUAUCUCAUUAAAAGAGUCACGUUCUAAUUGUCAUCGUAUGUGACAGAGUCAUUUCUUGUAAUAUCAACCUAUGGAAAAAUCAAUGCCAGUGCCUUACCUGUUGUAAUAGUUUGAUAUUCCUCAGCACGACUGAUUUCUUAUCAAGUGUGCAACAAUCGGGCAUACAACUUUAAGAUUAGGGUCGUAUUUGGCAUUUAUAUUACAAGCAAGUAGAUCUAAAGUAAGGUUGCGCUCGGGAGGAAAAACUUAGAGAGUCUUCUGAUGUAACCUUAUUUCUAUACAUUGUUUCAAGUUUGGAGCUUAUUUUUUUGUAACUCAUAUAUGUCACAGUCAGAUGAAAACAAUUGCCAUGUGCUUUGCGCAAGUCUUAGACUUAAAGGUCCGCUUAUAUACAAGCUAGCCAUUUUGCAAAGAUGUUGCACAAACGCUCUUUUCUAUGAGCUUAUGUAUUGUUACAACGACGUGUAUCUUAUCAUCAAUGUUUUAAAACAGCAACUUGCAACCAAAUAAUGUAGUAAAUAUCUUCUGACAGAAAUCAAAUGACUAGCAGAAACGACCCUUUUACGAAAGUACUACUUGUCUUCAAGGACAUAACACGCAAAAGCAGUAUAAUAAAACUUAUUUAUUGUCCAACUUAAACCUGACCUUCGCGACAAUUUCUAUGUAUGUUGACUUUCAAAAUGACAGUAACUGAUGCAACAUCUGAUAAAAAAAACUAUAUUUGGUAGCAGCUAUGAAUAAUAUGCAGCCAACAUACACUAAACAAAUUAGAUAACAUUCGUAUCUAAUAACAUUCGUUUCAUACAGAAAAUUCUGCUGGAAAGCACAGCAAUUUGGUUCCAAGCACUUGAUGGGCAUGAGUGAGUAUAUAAGUUUAAGAUAAUAUUUUGUACGAUUAACUAUCCAGCGUAUUUGAAUUUUUAUUAACUACUGCAGUACAGAACUUACGUGCAAGAUUAAUUGAAUAAAAUAACAUUUAGACAAAAUCACUCACGUUUAUCCGAGAGUGAGUUAAAUUAAUAUCAACUACAUUCAAAGUCUCCUCUGAAAACAGCGUGCUAAGAUGUGAAAAUGAAAAUAUAAUUUGAUUCGAUUCAAUACAGUUUUGUUGCUAUGUCUGUAAUUCUCAGAGCUUAUAAAUAAUAUCUUCAACAGCAAGGUUAUAGUAAAAAAAGAGUCUUCAGGUUUUAAUAUGUACGUCAAAAGCAGGGGAGGACGCCCCCAUCCCCACCCACAGUUUUGAGAUAAGGGUCCUGUGUAUGGUUUUGACUAAAAACCUGAUUUUUCACAGAAACAAAAAAAAUCACUACAUACAGAAAAAAAACCAGUUUGUGAGAACAUUUAGAUGUACUGAUACGGAUUUAUGUCAUAUGUAUUGUCAAUAACGUGCUAAAAGUUUUCUUUCUUUUUUGUUUCAUUUUUAGGGAAAUUCUGGAUUGGUUUACCUGCAGUUUGGCUCCCCUCCCUAACCACUGUACUUCAAAUAAUUCACAGUCAUCUGGAUUGCAUCUUCGCUGCACUCACGUGAAAAAUGUUUACGUAACUCUGAUUCUGCAUGUUUCUGUUGAACGUAUUUCAGCGUGUAGAUAAAUAUAUUUUUGGUGAGCGACUGUCCUGUCGGAUGGGUAAAUCAUGGAUCUUCAUGUUACCACUUUAGUCAUGACACCGAACCCAUGCUUUUGGCCAGUACAUCAUGUGAUCACAUGGGAGGUGCUCUUGCGGAGAUAGAGUCUGCCGCUGAAAAUGACUACCUCUCCGCAGAAUUAAAGCGGCUGAAAGGUAGCGCUUGGAUUGGACUGAACGAUAUUCAGGAAGAAACUGUUUGGCGUUGGUAUGGGAGUAAUAGACCUUUAACGUCAACAGGAUUCAAGAACUGGUAUUCUGGAGAGCCCAAUAAUGUGAAAGGGGAUGAAAACUGUGUCGUUAUUUCCUACGGUAACGGGCAGUGGUACGACUGGCCUUGUCAUAGUUUCUUUCACUACAUAUGUGAAAAGUCGAAUGGAGAAAGCGAAAUCGUUGGAUAGCAAGAGAGCCGCACAUUAAUAAACCGCAUUCAGAAGAAAAUAUUUUCAGACAUAUUAAAUGAGUUAUAUUAUGUUUAGCACCUCUCUUAAAUGUUGGGUACAAUAAACUGAUACAAAUUUAA